AUGCAGGAGAUGUCCUCGUCUUCAGGGGUUCCGCGGCCCGUCCGCGAAGAGACACGGGUGUCCGGAGGUCUACCUCCGAGGACGAGAGUCCACCCGGAGAUAAGGGCGUCGUCAGCCAUGGACCUCGGCCUGUUCCUGGUGAUGCUGGCAGCGUGCGGUCUGGUCGGAUGUCAGCUGCUCGCCAAGGUGCACCAGACGUACGCGGCUGCCGAGAAGGCCAACGACCUCUCCUGCUACACCUGCCAUGCCAUGGACACGGAGAGCGCGUGCCUCGACCUGGUGGGCAACAUGUCCGGGCUGGUGACCAAGUGCCAAGGCGAGAACCGCACCUGCAUGGUGAAGCGAUUCUCAUACACCACCAGCACUGAGAACUCCACCUCGGCGCCGCACAUGUGGUCGCUGCAGCGCAACUGCUCGGAGCGCUGCGAGCCGGGCUGCAUCGUCAUAGGGGAGCGCACAAAGCUGUACGCUUGCACCGCCUGCUGCUUCGAGCCCUUGUGCAACAAUGGCACUGGAGAAGCCAUGCCUACCGUGCGCCCAGCCCCCUACCUCGCCAUGCUGGCCGGCUGCACACUGCUCGCCUCCUGA